AUGAAGAGAAGCGAGAGGAAUGAUGAGCGGCCAUGUCUUAGUAAUUCUGCUCCGUGGAAAAAGUGUUUUUAUGAAAAGGUACAGCAGAGGUGUCUGAGUCUGCAGGAGACAAAGGUGGAGACGAUUCGUGCGCAAAAGGCAAAAGAAGAAAAGGUAAAGGAGAGAGAACCCUGUGACUGGCUGUCCAAAGAGUGGCUCAGUGAAGAGAAAGAGUCACUGGAUACCCGCAUCUAUUUGCUUGACAAACUCUUACCUACGUUAAUCCCCGGGAUGGAAAAACUGUUAAUGGAGGUGGAAAGAAAGAAUUUGCUUGCACCAGAGAAAGAACCAACCACCUUUAACCCCAUUCAUUUCCUUGGAGAAUAUCUGAUGAGACAUAACCCUCGGUAUGGUCCUUCUACAAAACCGGACCCGUACCUGAUAGGAAUGAAGAUGGUCACGGAGGAGCUAAAAACUAGGGUGCCAGGUACAACAUCAGAGAGGCUGGCCAGGAUGAAGUUGGAGGCCAAGAACAAACGUAAGGAUCGGGAGCAGGUGGACAAUAUGAUGUCUCAGGUGAAAGAGAAGAGAAAGGAGGCUCUGGCGAUUGUGUUCAGAGAGUGGACAGUGGAUGUCAGUGGCAGAAUACCGGUCGCACUGGUUCAGAGUGCCCUGAGGUCUUUUCCAGAUGUCACUGCUCCUACUCCCAUAGAUGUGAGCAAAGCAAUCCAAGACAGGAAGCUGGAAAUCGUCGACACAUUGGGAAGAAAAGUAAACAUGGAUGAAUUCACGGAGUAUGUCCAUUCCUGCACUGAAUAUUUUUCAAAUGACACGUUCCAAGAAAUCCUGAAGCAUCUGUGUCAGUGUGCUGAGGACUUCCGGGAUGCAACGAGAUGUGAUACAUGGAGGCAGAUGUUUACUGAUCUCUUCCUAGAUUGUGAUUAUGGAAAGGUUGGUCUCUUAGACAGACAAAAAAUACUCGCCCUCCUGGCAGACUUCUACGACAGAAGCCCUGUGACGGCCAAGAGGGGACUCUGUCACCCAGGACAGUGGCCAAUAAUUGAGCUGCAGGAGAUCGAGCUUGCGGAUUUAUGGGGAGGCCCUGAUGGCCAGGAAGUGUGUGAGGAACUCAGUGGGAAGUUAGUCUUGUCUCCAGCAGGAAUUUCCAAGGGAGAGAUUUCAGCACAUGAACCCGUAGAUGGUAACGGACAAGUCACGUCUAGAAUGAGAAGUAAGGUCAGCAAAGGUCUUUCUGAACAAAUUGGCCUGAGUGAAGCUGAGGCUGGAGGAAUUUCUACAGGAGAAAACCAAGCAGCCGAAUCAAGUGCUGCUGAAGGGAGGAAGGAGGGUGAGGACGCUGUGUCAGCGGAGAAAAGCACUGAUUUUGGAGGCUGUGAUUUGGAUGGAGAUGCCAUGCGUCGCGAGAAAUCCAGUUUCCAUGAAGACAUCAAAACUGAGAGACGAAGUGAGUCUGCCAGUGCAGGCAGACGGGAGGAAGCUUUCUUGGGGUCAGCAUCUACCCGGUACAGUCUCAGUGGAGAUGGAGAACCUGGAUCUGAAAAACAGGUGGAGAAGAAAGAAUUUAGCCUGGGUGGGGAGCCUGAUACAGAAACAAAUAGGGAAGAAGAUGGUUGUGUCUCAGACAGAGAUCCUGGCUCAAAAGCACCAGUUAGUCAGGAGAACUGGAUUACAGAGAUGACCAGCACAGUUUCAGCACCACCACCUGAAGCUACAGCCAUCACCUCAGAAGACAGAGCUGUGGCAGAUGUGGAUGCCAUUGACUCCGAACAGGACGCUCCAGUGGCAGAAGUCGUGAAGGAAAUCCCUGCCAGAAAAGGGAGUUUUUCUAGGCAGCAUGGCAGCCAGUUUGGCCAAGAGAUAAGCUCGGAGAGAAGACCGCAGGAUGAGGACCUUCUGCAAGACCAAGGCAAAGACUUACGUCCCAUCGUGGCAGAGAUUCAGAAGCGCCGUGCUUCUCCUCCUAGGAGUGCCUUUGAUGAACGCUGCCUCAACCUGCCACAGUUCGUACAGCUCAUGGAGACAUUUGUUGGUGAGGACAUUUCUCUGCCUACCGUGGAGAGACUUACUGCAUUCAUCAAGGAAGAAUACGAACAGACAGAAGAGGAAAAAAUGGAACAACUAGAAAAAGUUCGUCACAUGUCUCGCUUGGCCCGACGGAAACUGCUUCUGGAGGCUCUUUUUGAAAGGUGGGAUAACAAUGCGUCUGGGUUCCUGGCACUGGAAGAGGUGGAUGCUGUUCUAAGCACAUUCAAGGAAGGGAUGGAAAAAGAGGCCGUGAGGAAGGGUAAGGACACAGCUCUGCUGUGA